UCGUGAAUUCUUAAGUGAUUCGCACUGUUAAUGUUUACCUGAGGAUUUGCGGCAUUAAUCUAGAGCUUGAUAUAUAAAAAAAUAAUUACCUUACUAUAAAAAUAAAAUAUAUUUCAAUGAAGCUUUUGAAACCUAUUUGGGUCAAUCAUGAUGACAAACCAAUAUUUUCUGUGGAUAUUCAUCCAGCGGGGAAGCGAUUUGCCACAGGGGGUCAGGGUCUUGACUCAGGCCGGGUUGUCGUGUGGAACUUGAAUUCGGUGUUGUUUGAAGAAGUAGAAGUGGAUCCUAAUGUUCCAAAAAUGCUUUGUCAAAUGGAUAAUCAUUUAGCCUGUGUUAACUGUGUACGAUGGAGUAAUGGCGGUAGAUACUUAGCUUCUGGUGGAGAUGAUAGACUCAUCAUGGUAUGGGGACUCAGUGUUGCUGUAGGAGCUGGAAAGCAUAAAGCAGAGACUUGGAGAUGUUUAGCAACAUUGAGAGGGCAUGCAGGUGAUGUAUUAGAUCUGGCAUGGUCACCAUUAGACAAAUGGCUUGCUAGUUGCAGUGUUGAUAACACUAUAAUCAUAUGGAAUGCUGAAAAAUUUCCAGAAAUGGUCUGUGUUCUAACUGGUCACACUGGACUUGUGAAAGGAGUUGCAUGGGACCCUGUGGGGAAAUAUUUGGCAUCACAGUCAGAUGACAAAUCGCUGCGUGUUUGGAAAACAGUUGAUUGGUCUCAAGAAACAGUAAUUACUGAGCCAUUUGAUGAGUGUGGAGGUACAACUCAUGUGCUUCGACUAUCAUGGUCACCAGAUGGUCAGUAUGUGUUAUCAGCACAUGCUAUGAAUGGAGGUGGACCAACUGCUCAAGUGGUUGAGAGAGAGGGCUGGCGAUGUGAUAAGGACUUUGUUGGACACCGGAAAGCUGUUACAUGUGCUCGUUUCAACAGCAACAUUUUCGUGAAAGAGGGCAAGAAGUGUUGUUGUGCGGCGGUGGGGUCACGUGAUAGGGCUUUGUCAAUUUGGCUCACGUCUCUGAAGCGGCCUUUGGUCGUUGUACACGAUCUAUUCACCGACAGUGUGCUCGAUCUUUCAUGGAGUUCUGAUGGUUUAAAUUUGCUGGCGUGCAGUUCCGAUGGUACUGUCGCGUGCAUACAGUUCACAAAUAAGGAAAUUGGUACCCCACUGACACUAGAAGAAAAGAAUUCCCUAUAUGAGAAAAUCUACGGAAAAUGUCCAGCCAAUGAGUCCGGGGGUGACCUGUCUUCCAAUCUUUUGGUUGAGUGUCCAGAAAUUCUACUCGCUCGGGAGAAGCAGGAGGCCAAAAAGGAAACGCCUAAAGAGGAAACUACGCCUAAGAAUGAUAAAUCACAGCAAAAACCAAUAUACACACCUUCCCCGAUGUCCACUCAAUCGAGUCCGGCGCCUCUACGUCCAAUGGACCGGCAGAUAGAGACGCGCACAUCGGAUGGCAAACGACGCAUCACACCUGUCUUCAUCCCGCUCACACAGGCAGACGCCAAUGAGUCACUUGGUUCAAUACCUGGCGGUAAUGAAAACUGCUUCAGUACAUCGUCGCAGAGCAAGUCACGCAUCAUAGUAGAGAGAAGAGAUGACAUCAUCAUACAUCCAAAUGUCAGUAACCACGCACUUAGCAGGAGUAAUGAUAACGGGUUAGACCAACGUCUGCGAAAACGUACAACAUCGACCCUCCCAGGACCGAAAGCUGAAGAUCUUCAAGCCAAGAGAUCGUGCACAUCUCCAACGGAGCAGGUUUCGUCCCGUGGGGUAUACUUGGGACCGUCCCUGCCCGUCCCAGCUUUGGGAACGGCUGGGCCAAUUGUGAGAGCCGCUGGAUUGUUGAGAUUACAGGUGGUGAAUAAGGCAUACAACACUCCAUAUGGAAAAUUGUCUCGGCUUGAGUUGAUACCAAACAAUUCUGCAUCAAACGAUCCAGUUUGGGAUGCUUGUUUAGGUUCACCCGUAACUUGUAUAUCGUGCGACGCCCGUUGGCUGUGCGUAUCUUGUACGGAUGGAUCGUUACACGUGUGGAGAAACGCCAAACCGAAGCCCUACAGGGCUUUGCCCCCACUCGCUUUACCAUCUCCGGCGCACAAAUUGUCCUUGAACGGAGACACCCUAUCAGUGGUGACGUCAUCAGCGGAAUUGACAAUGUGGGACCUUAACAACGCAACUUGUUCCCUUCGGUCGCUGUCUUUCAGGAAUUUACUUUCGAAUAACGCUACCGUCACAAAUUGUUCGUUGGUGGACGGGAACCCCAUGAUAUCAUUGAAUACUGGCAAAAGUUUUAUUUACUGCAAGAAAUUGUGGGCUUGGGUAUUAUGGACAGAUGGGGGAGAUCCGGUGAGACGUGCGGGAGGCGGAGCCGGAAGUAGCAGAAGACCACGUGUUUCCUCCCAAUUACAACAUUCUGCUACACAGAGUAAAUACAACGCGUGCGCUGCCCGUAGCUGGUUAGAGUCACAGGUGUCUGUGUGUUUGCAUCUCCGUUUGGCGAAGGACUAUCGCCAUUGGAUCAACGCACUGUUUACGCAUCUCAUAGCUCAUGGCACUGAAGAUCAACUUAGAACCAUUUUGGAUGAUCUAUUGGGACCUAGUCAUUGUAUUUCGCAGCCUUCCAAAUGGGAAUCUAAUAUAUUGGGAAUCAAAAAACAUGAGUUAUUAGAAGAAUUGUUAGCACUGCUUGUGAGGCAACUGCGCUGGCAGAGGCUGUACACAGAAUACGCGGAUCAGUUGAACGAAAUCAAACAAAAAACGCCUCUACUCAAUGGACAUACGUAGCAUUGAGGGUAGACUGAAAAAAAUAACUAUCAAAAAUCCCGUACUACAAAAUCGCACGUCAAGGUAAUAAUAAUAAGUUUUUGAAAAUACCUUCAAUUUUCGAAGUCACUUCCAGUAUAAUGCUUCCAUACGGUUGUGAUAACUACUAUACCGCUGGAUUAGUUUUAAUGAGUUUUAUGUGUGUUAUGAAUUACAGCGGUACUAAAUGUCGUCUUACGCCCAAACCCAAUAACCUAUCUCAAUCCAUUUUUGACCAUCUGCGAUUGACAUCUUAAUCAAAAUAUUGAUAAAAGUUUGCCAAUAUCCAAUCGAUGGAUUAUAAUAGCCAUCUGUCGAUACAAGCUAUCCAUGGUAGGUCGGAUCGGUGUAUGUGGAUAUAACUUUGUAUAAAAA